CCGUUAUCUGGGCCGGCUGCAGAACAAACACCGAGGCUGUAUACAUAAUCAAGCCCUCUGGAAUGUUUGAGUUGCUCUGCUCCGGAAUGGGAAGGACCCCCUUUUCCUCUUUUCCGCUCCGGCCAAGCCCACUGGCUACGCACUGACUGCUUACUUCCCCCCGCAGAACGUCUCUGACCCUCCAGCUGUGCGGAGCGCCUUUGCUUCGGUCUCUCUCGGAGUCUCUCUUGACAGCUGUCUUUUUUUUGUGGACUGCGUUCUGACAUAAUGGAAAUGGAGGUUCUAUCAGAUGCUGAAGUUCACGUCACACUUGAAACCGACCCAGGCAUGGGCAGGAUGUCGAUGACCGAGUCGGUCCUGGAGGGAAUGAACAUGCUCGAUGCUGUUCUCGAGCAGGCAUCCGCCUCGGAUAUGGACCAGAUCAGGGAACCAGACCAAGAGACUGUGUAUGAGGUGGAACGUGAGGAGAAUGAGGUACCACCAACAGAGCCCAUAAGGGACACUGUGUAUGAAGUAGAAGUAGAACUAGAGCCAGCUUCCAUUACACCAGCACUGGAAACCCAGAGUCCACAGGCUGAUGAAGAGCCCAUGCCAACUGUAAAUAAUGAUGAAGCUGAGCCAACUGUAAACCCAGAGGUGGACUCGGAGCCAGUGGGAAUGUAUUCGGUGUAUGAGAACAGUUCUGUGCCAGAUUCAGUCUCAGAAGACCCAACGACACAAGAACUGGGCGUCUCAGAAGCAGCCGUGCCAAGUACGGACACUCAAGCUGUCUCCGAGCCAAGAGGAGAUGCUUUAUUGGCGGACUUGGAGUCCACCACGUCCCACAUCUCCAAGCGGCCAGUGUUCCUCCCAGACGAGACCCCCUACUCCUUCCCCACCCGGGGCAACUCCUACCCCGAGGUCUCCGUCACGCCUCCCGUGCCGCCCCACCCCUCGGCCGACGCGCUGAAUGGCACAGUUGUAGACCCCCCUGACUCGCAUCGCUCCUCAGGACAGUCGUACGGGUCGGCUCAGAAAAGCGCCUGGUCCAGAGAUAGCAGCAGCCCGCCUCUGUCACACAGUGAAGAGGACCACGUCUACAGUUUCCCCAAUAAGCAGAAAACUACUGACAACACAGCCGCCGGCAUGAGCUCGUCCCUGGGGAGUAACCUGUCGGAGCUGGACCGGCUGCUCCUGGAGCUCAACGCCGUACAGCACAGCACGCCCUCCUUCGCCGUUGAGGAGGAAGCCCCCCCUGCACUCCCCUCCAGCAGCGUCACCACAGAGAAUGGCAUCUCGCCCCCGGGAAAAGCCCCUCCUCCCACUCUGGAGAAGCCCAAACGCAGCGCUGCCGGCCGGGGAAUCGAGGACGUACGGCCCAGCGUGGAGAGCCUACUCGACCAGCUGGAGAGCUCUGUGCCAACCCCAGCGCCCGCCCACCCGGUGGUCACAGCAGAGUUGAGUGACGGCCAUGAGGAGACUCCUUCCCAGCAGCAGGCCCGCAUCUCAGCCUCCUCCGCCACACGAGAGCUGGAUGAGCUCAUGGCCUCCCUCUCCGACUUCAAAGUCCAGAGCAAUUCUGGUUCUUUGUGGUCUGUGAACCAGGAAACUUUGUCCCUUCCAACCCUUGAUAUCCCAGCAGAUUCACCUGUUCCUAAUGCCUCAGUUGAUGCAAGUCUCUCCCUGCCUCCCAAGCCACCUUCUCGUGAACCCUCCCCAUCCUCCACACCUGUUGGCCUGGAACUCCACAUUGAUGAAGAUGAUUUGGCUGGAAAUGGUUUGGCCCCAGCUGCAGCACCAGCCCCAGUCCCAGCCUCAGACCCUGUCCCACCCUCAGCCCCAGCCCCAGUAUCAGCCCCAGACCCCCCUCCUGAGGCACCCUCUCCAGUCAAUCAGUCAGUCCAGUUAACCAAAUCUCUAACCCAGAUUACUGCAGUGGAAGAGGAGUCAGAUUCUGGUUUCCUCUCCCUGUUUAGCAGCACCCAGACUGAGUCUCUGGUGAUCAUCUCCAGCACCACAGGGCCAUUCUCUGAGCUUCCCAAGUCUGGGUCUUCAUCCCCAGCAUCUGCUGCUACUAACAAGACACCGAGUCCUGGUCCAGUCGUGAUCCCGAAGACUUUUAGUCCAGUGGUGGUUUCCAAAGCGUCCAGUCCGGUUACAGUACCCAGGACGUCUAGUCCACUUGCAAUCCUGAGGACCUCCAGUCCGGUUCCGAAGAGUGCUAGUCCACUGGCUUUCACAAAGUCAUCGAGUCCGGUCACAGUUCCAAAGAUUGCUAGUCCACUUACAAAACCUUCUAGUCCUGUAACAGUCCCAAAGAUAGCCAGCCCACUUGCUUUGCCGAACACAUCAAGUCCAGUUACUGUCCCAAAGAUAUCUGAUCUCGAUGCUAUCCCUAAAACAUAUAGUCCACUCACUGUGCCAAAUGCCCCUAGUCCUAUACUUUCCCUCAAGACCUCUAGCCCAGUAUUAAACCCAAAGGCACCAAGUCCUAUAUCCAUUGUUGAGUGCUCAAGCCCUGUAACCAUUUCAAAGAGUCCUGUUCCAAGUCCCAUUCUAGUUGCUAAAAGCCCCACCCCACCUUCACUUUCGAAAAGCCCUACACCCCUAUCUAGUGCCAAGUGCUCUAGUCCACUUGUUACGCACAAGAAUUUAAGUCCUGUGAUGGUUGCGAAAUCCCCCAACUCUCCAAUUAAUACACUCAAAUGCUCCAGCCCUAUAUCCACUGCCAAGAGCCUCUCCCCUGCACCACUGCGGAAGGAGAGGGUGCCGCUUGGUAAAUCUGAAGAACUAGGCAUAACUUUACCCUGUCCUGAGCCCAUGCUGGAAGAUGCUCUAGACAGACUGUUGGCAACCACUCUGGGACAGCCUGACAGGAAUUGGUCCACCAAGCUUUUGGCACGUGAACCAAAGGAAGGGUCAGUAAGCCCACGCCACAUUGACGAGUUGCCUCCAGGUAUCGAUGAAGAGUGUAGGAGAUGGUUUGAAGAUGAAAAUGGAACACCUGGUGAUGGUGAAGGGUGCUUGACGCCAGCUACAGAAGGAAGCUGGAUGGACGAAUGCAUGACUCCAAGUUCAGGAGCUGGGACUCCGGAUGUAUGUAUGGACCUUCCUCUCUCCCAGCCGUCUGCUGUGGAGCGCCUGUCUGCAUCUGGUCAACUCAAGUCUGUGAUCAGACGCACCAAGGAGACAACCAACGUGCACCCCAUGUACCGCGAGGGCUUGAUCCGGCGCAAGCUGGGGCCCGGCAUCUUCCACAAGAGCAACUCCCAGGACCGCCUUAUCGAGGAGCUGCAGGGCAAACUUGGCAUCGUACGCCCAGAGCCCCGGCGCCGCAAGCAGCCCGACGAUUGGAUGACCGAGGGAGUGAUCGUUAUGUCUAAUCCGCAGCGCACACGUGAGCAGGGAGCCACGGCUGUGGAUAAGAUCAUCAUUCCCCCUGAAUCCCCCGUCCCCCAGAGGAAGGUCCUUCCUCGUCCUCCUCCCGAGGAGCCCCCCAAGCCUGUAAAACCGCCUCCACCCCCUCCGCCUCCCCCCUCUCCUCCCCGAGAGCCAACUCCUCCCCCACCCAGGGAACCCACCCCUCCGCCUCGAGAACCGACGGCUCCUCCAAAAGAACCAACCCCACCACCUAGGGAACCCACCCCCCCUCCCAAAGAGCCCACCCCGCCACCCAGGGAACCAACCCCCCCUCCUAAAGAACCAACCCCGCCACCCAGGGAACCAACGCCCCCUCCUAAAGUUCCCACACCCCCUCCCCCCAAGGUCUUUGUGUCGGUGGGCUGCCAGACCGAGUAUGAUCCCCUCUUCCUGCCCAUAGACCAGAUCAUGGCGCAGGGUAAAGGGGGUUCCCCCACCAGCCCCCCCAAGCAAGGCAACAAGCUGGACAACAUGCUGGGCAGCCUGCAGUCCGACCUCAACAGACUGGGGGUGCAGACUGUGGCCAAGGGCGUGUGUGGGGCCUGCAAGAAGCCUAUUGCUGGACAGGUGGUGACAGCGAUGGGUCGGACAUGGCACCCGGAGCACUUUGUGUGUACGCACUGCCAGGAGGAGAUUGGCAGCCGCAACUUCUUUGAGCGAGACGGGGCGCCCUACUGCGAGAAGGACUACCACAACCUCUUCUCACCGCGCUGUCACUACUGCAACGGGCCCAUCCUGGAUAAAGUAGUGACGGCCUUGGACAGGACAUGGCAUCCUGAGCAUUUCUUCUGUGCACAGUGUGGAGCAUUCUUCGGGCCAGAGGGCUUCCACGAGAAGGACGGGAAGGCGUACUGUCGGAAGGACUACUUUGACAUGUUUGCGCCAAAGUGCGGAGGGUGUGCCCGAGCCAUCCUGGAGAACUACAUCUCAGCCCUCAACAGCCUCUGGCACCCCGAGUGCUUCGUCUGCAGGGAGUGCUUCACGCCGUUCAUCAACGGCAGCUUCUUCGAGCACGAGGGCCAGCCGUACUGCGAGGCCCACUACCACGAGCGGCGCGGCUCGCUCUGCUCCGGCUGCCAGAAGCCCAUCACGGGCCGCUGCAUCACCGCCAUGGGCAAGAAGUUCCACCCGGAGCACUUUGUCUGCGCCUUCUGCCUCAAGCAGCUCAACAAGGGCACCUUCAAGGAGCAGAACGACAAGCCCUACUGCCACAGCUGCUUCAUCAAGCUCUUCAGCUAAGCGGCUGAAGGCAGGCUAGCAGGCUGGUGGUGUGGGUGUGGGUGUGGGUGUGUACGCUGAAAAGGGUGUUUUCUAUGAUGCCCUGACUAAUAUGUGUGUGUGUGUGUAUGUGUGUGUGUGUGUGUGUGUGUGUGUGUGUUUUGAAUGUGGGCCUGUCUGUGUGUGAAUGGGAGGAUUUGUAGGAGUGAGACCUUUGUGUGCUUUCUGGAGAGGGGAGGGGGGCAUUGUUUUCAAGGUUAGUCCCGUUGCAUAAGGGUUUCUUUUGUGUGUGUGUGAGAGGAAGAUGUGUGAUCGGGAGAUGGGAGCUGGGCCGUACUGUGCGUGCAUGACUGCGUGCUUUGUGUGUCUGUGUGCAUGCACAUGUGUAUGUGUGUGUGCGUGUCCAUGGGUGUUUGUGAUGAGGUUACAACGCCUGUAGUGGCAGAAAGUUUUCAAACAGAUAUGGAUAUAUAUUAGUGAGCCCAAAGAGAUUGUGUGUGUUUUUUUAAUCAUUUGAUUUUGAAUUUAGAGGUGGUCAGAGGGCAACAUCAGCCCUUAUCCCAAAAGCUCAAGUGGCAGACUUGGUCCGAAAUGAGAGAUCAUGUCCCAGAUUUGAAUUUCACAGACCACCAGCAGACCUUUCCAGGUCGAGUGACUGAAUGAAGACUACUGGGCUUGACUGAUAUGACUAAUGUCGAUAGCACGUCACCUUGAGGUGGACUGUAUGCAAAACCCUCUCACUGACAACUAGCAGUGUUGGACAAAUCAAACCAGAUCUAUUUUUGUACUUGUGAGAAGAUGAUUUGCGUACAUGUGCUCUCACACACAGAUGUUACAAGCUCUCACAAAUAUACAGUACACACACACACACACGCAUACACACACACACACACACACACACACACACACACACACACACACACACACACACACACACACACACACACACACACACACACACACACACACACACACACACACACACACACACACACAUUUGCGCACACAUACACACACUGAAAGAGGGGAGGUAACAUUUCAUGUGCACAGUCCACUUGUUUCCUCCUUGUACUUCUGUCUCUCUUCCUCUCUUUCACGCUCAAUCUCUCCAUCUCUCUUUCUAACUCGUUCUCUCUUUCUCCGUUUCUCCUGGUCUGUUUUAUGAAACCCGUCCCUGUUGUCUGUCUUUUCAGUUGUGCACUUUCUCGACACACUUCUCUUCCCUGCCCGUGCUCUCUCCUCUCUUCGAUAAGUGUAAAGGUGCAUUUCUCUACAGCUUGGUGUGGUUAACCUCACCAGGCACAUAUUUUUCUACACUUUUCCUAUGGAAAUUUUUUCAUACGCAAAGAGAAGUUUAGCCUACUUACACAGACUUUAUGAUGUAUUUCAAAUCAAUUAAUCACGACUAAACGAUUUUAUAGAAGCAAGAUUUUUUUUCUACAGCGUAUCAAGUUACAAUCAUAGGGUAGAUCACGCAUCGACACUUAGAAAUACAGACACACACACACACACACACACACACACACACACACACACACACACACACACGCACACAGGGACUACUGCUGUUAUUAUAUAUGAGAGCAUGUGGCAUGGAGUCCAUUCAACACUCCGCUAGUGUUAUUGACAAUGCCCCAGUGUAAAGUGGAGAGUACGUACGGCUAAUCCCGGGUGCCACAGCUGAUCAUGUUGUUGGUUUCAUUUACACACGCCUACGAUGGCAUAUGAGGAAAUCAUUAAUGUGAACUUUUUUUCUUUUUUUUUCCCCUUUCUCUUUCAGAUUUAAUUUAAUCUGUGUAAAUGUAGAUGUCUUAUUCUAGGGGAUGUGGGACUUUCAGAUAUAAGGGGGUGUAAUGUUGCAUGACGACACCCACUUCCCUCUCCCCUCCCCUCCCUUCCCCCCACUCUACAGGGCUCUGGAAGCCUCUCUAUGACAUGUGACCUCUGAACUUUAACUAUGACCUUUUUGAUUGCUUCUGCUACUUGCGUCUCUCUCUGUCUCUCUCCCAGCCUGGGUCUGGUUCUCACUAUGUUCAUGUCUUUUACGUUUCAUUGAUAUACACCACACACAUUUCAUUUCGUUUUACUUCACUCAGAGAAAGCGGUCUGUUUGAGGUGUGCUGAUUCUCAGGUGUUGGUUGUCAAUUCAGACAGCCGUGACAUCCUGUGAUAGACCUGCUUCUAUGGAGACAUUGUUUGUAAAACUUUAAUCUUCGGUCUUCUUUCAUUUCCCCCUUUUCUGUCAGUCUCCUGCAGAACAGGUCACAAUACUGGAGCAAUUUUAAGUUUUGUUUUUCAUUGAUUUUAUAUAUAUGUAUUAUGACUUUGUUUUUAUUUUGUCUUCUCAUUUCAGCUACUGUAUUUUUGUUGCUCAGUCUUGUGUUGGAAGUCUUAACUCAAGAGUGGGUGGAGACUUUAUUUCUAUGGGCAGCAUUAAGUAUGAAAAGUCUUACCUGUACAGUAGCCACUGUAAUGGUGUUUUAAUCUGUUUCAUGAGUCAAUAAUAAUAACUUUUAAAUAAUCAAUUAGUUUUACUUCAGGGUGACGGUGCAUUUUUUUUCCUUAUUAUUAUUAUUUUUCCUUUUGUGCACACUGACGGAUGACUCACUGAUACAGAAAUAAUGUUUGUGAUUCAAACAUAACCGUAGAGCCAAGACUGUGUGUCUGGAUUCGCUGCCAAUUAGCUUCGACACUCCACACCGCCACGCAGCUGCCAUUCAGCGAUAGAAAUACUCUCAGAUGAUGAAGCAGGAGUCACACACACACAUGCACGCACGCGUGCACACGCGCACACACACACACACACUCACAUUCACACUCAAGACACUGUACACCCCGACUGGAACUCCGACAGUAUGCCUAUGCAAAUACAAUGCGUGUUUGGGUGAGAUCACAUGACAUGAGAUGAGGUAAUAUUGAAGAUGAGUAACACCUCUACAGUAUCUGCAUCUAUUUAAAUCCACCAUCGUGGUUGUAUUUAGGAUUAAAUGUAGAUGCAUGUGAAUGGACAGUUUAACAGGUUAUUCUUAUACACUUUUGAAAGAUGACCUCGGUUGCACCUGUUCAGUUUAAGAGGUGGACAUAAGCACUCUAUCGGAAGGGCCUUAAUAUCUCAUGCAAACGUACACGUAUACAGACCACGCUCAUUUGUGUGGGUUUCACAUCAAUGAGCCUCAAAACCACAGUCUGUGACUUAUGAUCCAUGUGACCUUAGAACUGGAUCGUUGGAGUUAGAAUUGAGAUCAGAGCCUUGAGGACUUCCAGUGUCCCCCUUUUAAAGUAUCAUUUUCUGUUUUUACGUUGUGUAUUCUUUUAUGUUUUUGUCCCGAAUCUUUUGAAAACGAGAGAUAAUGUUGCAUAUUGGCAAGUACUAUAAAACCUUGUGAUCCCCAUGGUUUUUUUUUCUAAUUUUCACAUGAUAAGGCUCUCAACUUGGCUUUGUCAUGCUAGGAAAGAGCUGUAACAUCAUUGUAUUUAUUCACUAAAUAUUGAUUUGUUAAACAGUUUUAAUGAUGAUAUAUUUAGUAAUGUUGGCGUUUACACGUUGUUUUAUUCUAUUUUUCUGGAGAUUUUAAAAAAUAAAUAAAUAAAUGAGAAGAAUGCUUGUGCCAAAAUGUCAAUGCAAUGUCUUCUACACUGUGUUGAGUUUGAGGGGCCGUCGCACUUUUGCGUUGUGAGCGGAUUGGUUAGAUCCAUGAUGAUGUCACACGUGGAGCCUGGCUUCCCCAGUCAGUCAUCCUAUCCUCAUAAUAGUACAUGUGCAUUUUUCUUCUUUUCUAAACAAGUCACUGGACAGCUGUUCGGGUUUGUAAGGUAUGUGUGUUGAAUAUUUAAGGGAGCCUCUCCAUAGCGGAGAACGUAUGGAUACAUGUUAGCCUCAGCAGAAUGCUUACAGGUGAAUAUUUUACUCCUUUUAUGCCAAUAACGUUUAGAGCAAUGUUGCCAGGCAAACAUAUACUAACAGAUGGAUAAAGUUCUGAUUGGAAGAAACGUAGCUGCUAAUAGUAUUACUAUUUAGGUUCUCCUCUUGAAGAUGUGGGUGGGAAAGCUGAAAGAAAUAUUGCUUGGCAACAUUGUUCAAAAAGUUGUGCAUCAUCUAAUGCAUCAUACAGGCACAUCAUUACACUUGGAGGGCUGGACAGAGUUGUUCUCCCCAAUACUAUACUGAAACUUACAGACUUCACCCCCAAUAGCAUGUGCUUGUCAAGAACUUGCAUAUCUAAACCACCCUGGAUUUUAUAUUGCAUAAUUGAAACCACAUCAAUUCUGGAGAUUUCCAAGAAAUCUCUGGAAUUCCUGUACAUUUCUGCUCAUUGGUAGCUACAGGGAGGCAGUGAGGAAGAUGUGGGCCAGUGGAGCCGUGCUUUCAGGAGGAUUUCUGGAGAAUUGAGAAAGGAAGUAGAUAAGAGAGUGGCGAGGGAGUGAGAGAAAUGGGCUGACCUAUUCAGCUCUUCCCUUCCUCUGUAAUCACGGGUUGAUUAUAGUAUUGUACUGUCUUUGCCUGUCGCUGUCCAUUGGUCUUUCUUUUUGGGUCCCUGCAUUUCUUUUUCACGUCUGUCCAUCUAGCAGAUCGAGGAGAUCCCUGCCUCUCAGUCUUUUCUCUUCAUUGCUGUUAAAUAUUGUAUUAAUGCAGCUGAAGGGAACCAACCCCCCUUUUUUGCUUUCUUUCUUUCUCCUUUCUUUCUUUUUUAAAAAAAAGAAAUCUGUCGGAUCCUUACUCUUUCUGGUUUUGUUUCCCGAUGCUAGCCUUGGUGUUUUCUGAUAACUUGUGUACAAAUCUUGAUCAAGUUUUUCUGUACAGGGUUUGUGACCCUGGAGAGCUUAUAUGCAUUUAAAAUUUCAUGUGAUCAAUGCCAAUAAAGAAAAUCUAUUCUCUGGAUAA